CCCAUUACCCGUACUGUAUACAAUUCCCAACCUCUUUUCGUUUCAUUUAUUGCACAAAAAUAUUCAUUCAGUUCCCACUGCACAAAACCCUGCCACAACCACUCACUCACUGCCAACACAACUACUGUAUCCACCAUUUCUCCUUUCUUUUCAGAUCUAACACAAAAAAUGCAAACUCAUCUCACACUCACUACUAUCUUCCUCUACUUCUUCUUAACUCUCUCCACCUCCAUCUCAGCCCAUGAUCAACCCCAACCCCAACCCCAAGAUCUAGUCCGUUCAUCAUGCCUUCACGCUAGAUACCCAAAUUUAUGUCUCCGAACACUCUCCACCUACACCGGCCCCGUCAAAAGCCCAUUAGACAUAGCCCAGGCUGCACUCCGGGUAAGCUUAGCCCACGCCAAGAGAGUCUCCAAGUAUAUAGGAGCUUCCAAUGUUGGCGCCCAACGCAGCAGCUUGAGUAAGCGUCAGCAGGCUGAUCUCAGUGACUGCAAAGAGCAGAUAGCCGAUUCUGUUGAUGAACUCCGGAAGAGCUUGGAGGAGUUGCAGCAUAUGCGACCGGAGACUUUCCGGUGGCAGAUGAGUAAUGCUUUGACGUGGGUGAGUGCUGCUCUUACUGAUGGUGAUACUUGUCUUGAUGGGAAUGUGAUGCCGGAUGUGAAGAAAAGGGUUACUGAUCUUGCGAGAGUGACGAGUAAUGCUCUUUACUUGAUUAACCGUGUUGGAUGAAGUGGGAAUGGGGAGGUCAAGGGUCGUUCAAGAUCUAGAAAAUGAAUGACCAUGUUGGUGUUAUUGUGUGUACGGAAAUGACAGAAAGUAACGUGGUACUGUUUUUUUUUUUUUUAUUGUUUGUUGAAUGUGAUUAUGUGAAAGUGUGAACGGUUGUUGUAAUUGAUAGAUGCUGUUUGUUUUUGUUUUACUAAGAUAUAAGAUAAAUGGUGUUUGUUGUUAA